UCAGUGUACUGCGCGUUAUUUAAUCGUCAAUAGUUAGAAAUAAGAAACAACAAAAUGUUUCAACAAUUUUUAAAGUUUACUCUACUUGCAACAUUGUCAAUUUAUUGUAUGCCCACAAGUGCAACGACUUUAAUCGAAAAUCGUAUAAUCGGUGGAGAAUCUGUUGAAAUUAAUUCAGCACCAUAUCUAGUGUCUAUACGUUAUAAGAAAAACAACUCCACACCCUUUGAACAUCGUUGCUCGGGAACAAUUUAUUCUUCUAAAGUGAUUCUAACUACAGCAACCUGUGUGAUUGGUUUGGACUUGAAUCGUUUACAUGUUAAAGCCGGCUCUACUUAUCGUUCACAAAAUGAUGGCUUCUUAUAUUUGGUGGAGAAAUACAUAAUACAUCCUGAAUAUAAUAUAUGGUUUACCGAUAACGAUUUGGCUUUGCUAGUUCUAGCAUUUGAUUUAACUUCCAGCUUUCCAAAAGAAAUUGAUCCUAUUGCCCUACUAUCUAAUGUUCCACCAGUAAACAGCCUGGCUACUAUCGCUGGUUGGGGUAUUACAGAUGCCAGUGCAAAUAGUAAGUUUUCCGAAAUCCUACAAAUUGCACAUGUCAAUGUUGUAGAUAUUUUGGACUGCAAACGAUCGUACGGUGAAAAUCGCAUAUCCCCGGCAAUGUUAUGUGCAACUGGUGACGAUUCAGAUGCCUGUUUAGGUGAUGCUGGCGGUGCUUUAGUUUAUGAAGACAAGGCUUUGGGGUUAAUAUCAUGGGGUAAUGGAUGUGCAAACUCUGAUUUUCCUGGUGUGUAUACGAAUUUGGUGUAUUUUAAAGAAUGGAUUGAGAAUGAAGUAGCUAAAUUGUAAAUAUCUUUAUUUUUAAUAUUUAUGUACUAAAUAAAAAACUAGUAUUAAAAACUUAUUUUUUAUGGAACAAUAAAAACAUUUUUUUUCAUUCUACUACAUAUUAUUUUUAUAACCUUCACCAUAAGUUUGUCGUCAUUCUUUUUGUAAUUUCUAUAAUAUUCAUUUGCGAUCUUAUAAUGUUAACAUAUUGUGGAUCUGCACUACAACUUCUAGCUAACCCAACAGAUGAUAAUAUAUCGAUAAUAAUAAAUUUUU